UCAUCAGUCGCGGUGCAGACCACUCCUCCUCCGGGGCUCGUCCUCGUGCUUCCUGGCUCCUUUUAAAACUGCAACAACUAAACAACCGGGAGCGUCGCUCACAGGCCGCGGGACUCUGGACACUAUUUUUAGAGUUUGAAGACUGACACACAGGCCGAGGCCAGUUGGACCCGAGCAGGACGCGUCCCGGUUUCGGGGGGGAUUAUUGGGGAGCCAGAAAGUGCUGUCACGCCGGCGCAGGAGAAUUUGGGCGAGGAGGCGCGCCGUCCAUGGAGGAGCGCGCUUGAUCUCACCUGAGAGGAGGACAGAGAGAGGCUUUUCUCGUGGCCCAGAAUGAGCGCUGCCGCGGCUCGGAGCCGGUCCCGCUCCUGAUGCGGAUCUGGACCUCGCCAGACUCUGACCGACGGAUUUGUCUCUGAUGGACAUCUUGGCUUGCAGAAGCGAACCGAACAGUUACAACAUCCUCCCGUCGGCGGCCACCAUGCUCUUCCACAGCCUCCCCGGAGGCGACGUGCACGGCGUGGUGGAGGAAAUGGACCGCCGAGCCAAGAGCGAGUCCGCGGCCAUCAGCUCCUCCAUCGACAUGGGAGAGUCGGAGACGUCUCACCCGUGUCUCAACACCGACCGAGUGGCUCUGUGCGCGGGCUGCGGCCGCAAGAUCGCCGACCGCUACUACCUGCUGGCCGUGGACAAGCAGUGGCACAUGCGCUGCCUCAAGUGCUGCGAGUGCAAACUCAACCUGGAGUCCGAGCUCACCUGCUUCAGCAAGGACGGCAGCAUCUACUGCAAGGAGGACUACUACAGAAGAUUUUCUGUGCAAAGAUGCGCCCGGUGCCACCUGGGGAUCUCUGCCUCCGAGAUGGUGAUGCGCGCCCGGGACCUGGUCUACCACCUCAACUGCUUCACCUGCAGCACCUGCAGCAAGAUGCUGACCACCGGGGACCACUUCGGCAUGAAGGACAGCCUGGUCUACUGCCGCCUGCACUUUGAGACUCUCAUCCAGGGAGAAUACCAGACUCACUUUAACCACGCGGAGGUGGUGGCGCACAAGGGCCUGGGCCAGGCCAACGCCCUCGGACUUUCCUACUUCAACGGCGUCGGCACGGUGACGAAAGGCCGACCACGAAAGCGGAAAAGCCCCGGUCCCGGAGCCGAGCUCGCUGCCUACAACGCAGCGCUGAGCUGCAACGAGAACGAUGGCGAGUCCAUGGACCGGGACUCACAGUACAGCUCCAGUCAGAAGACCAAGCGCAUGCGGACGUCCUUCAAGCACCAUCAGCUGAGAACCAUGAAGUCCUACUUCGCCAUCAACCACAACCCAGACGCCAAGGACCUGAAGCAGCUGGCGCAGAAGACCGGUCUCACCAAACGGGUCUUGCAGGUGUGGUUCCAGAACGCUCGCGCCAAGUUCCGGAGGAACCUGCUGCGGCAGGAGAGCAGCGGCGUGGACAAGGCGUCCGACGGCUCCACGCUUCAGGGAGGCACGCCCUCGGGUCCGGCCUCGGAGAUCUCCAACGCCUCCAUGAGCCCCUCCAGCACCCCCACCACCCUGACAGACUUGACGAACCCCACCAUGCCCACCGUGACCUCGGUGCUGACCUCAGUGCAGGGCGAGUGCCGCAGCCCCUCACAGACCACGCUGACCAGUCUUUUCUGAUGACGCCUCCUGGAUCAGCAGAACCUCUCUGAGCCCGCGGUGAAGCACCCGCCUCACAGACCUUGUGAUUUUGAUGUUGUCUUGUCCAGAACCAGGGGACUCCAUCGGCUUUUUUCAAUGUUUACAGGAAUAGACUACAGGAGUAAAAAUGAAGGACGGCUUCAACUUUUUUUUUUUUUUUUGGGAAUAUUUUUUCCAGCACAAUAUUUAUGUUGUUGUACAAGAGUCACUGUUAGAAGGAUUGUAAAAUUCUUUUUGGGGAGGGAGGGAUUGAGAUGUGUGAUUAAA